AAUGUUUACCAUGAAGUGUUAAAGCUGCCAUUUUCUUCAACUCCUGUGUCGAUUGAGGGUUUGCCAAUGCUGCUUGAGCUUCAAGACUUGCCAUCAUUUGUUGCUCUGCCAGAUUCAUAUCCUGCUAAUGUUGAGAUGAUCAUGAGGCAGUUUGCUAAUUUGGACAAGGCUGACUGGAUCCUUAUCAACACUUUCUACAAGCUGGAGAACCAGGUGGUGGAUACAAUGUCAAAAGUUUGUCCGACAUUGACAAUUGGACCAACACUUCCAUCAAUGUACUUGGACAAACGUAUUGAAGAUGAGGAUGACCAUGGCAUUGAUCUCCAUGAGGUAGACGCAUCUGUUUCUAUCAAAUGGCUUAGUAAUAAUCCAUCUGCAUCAGUUGUAUAUGUGUCCUUUGGUAGCAUUGAUAGUCUAAGCAACAAGCAAAUGGAGGACAUUGCAUGGGGGUUGAAGAGGAGCAAUUUCCACUUCCUGUGGGCAGUGAGGGAUUCUGAGAAAGGAAAGCUCCCAAAAGGGUUUGUGGAAGAAAAGGGCAACAUGGGAUUGCUAGUGAAUUGGAGUCCUCAAGCUGUGGGAUGUUUUUUCACACAUUGUGGUUGGAACUCAACAAUUGAGGCAUUGAGGUUGGGUGUGCCAAUGGUGACAAUGCCAGGAUGGAGUGAUCAACCUACGAAUUCUAAACUUGUUCAAGAUGCUUGGAAGGUGGGAAUUAGAGCUAAGGUUGAUGAGGAUGGACUUGUGAAAAGCGAAGAGAUUGCUUCUUGCAUAAAAGAAGUGAUGGAGGGAGUUAGAGGGAGAGAAAUGAGAAAGAAUUCCAAGAAAUGGAAAGAGCUGGCUAUUGAGGCUGUGAGUGAAGGUGGAACUUCUAAUACUAACAUCAAUCAACUUGUAACAAUUUUGCCCAACACCAAGUGA